AUUUCACAGGCUGUGUCAUCUGCGACUGCACUCUUUGGCUUGGGGUAUGGCAACAAGCCUCACCGGGGCUCAGCCACUCCCUUUCUGACUGUAGAGAAACGCCCCAGUCUACAUAGAAGGAAAAUUGUUUUGCUGGAUUUCUGCACUGCCCUUAUUCCAAAUGCAAUAGAGAGUGAGAAAGAGCGAGAGCUUGGGGGGGCAGGCUCUGGAUUGGUGUUCUGGGCUAUUUCAACUUCAGGGCAACUUUUGAGAACUUCAGUUAUUUUUGGUUCUGGCAUACAGCUGAGACCAGGGGAGCCUGAGGUUGAUGCUGAUGCAGAAGAAGACGAUUCUGUCAAUGAAGUGACAAUAGAAAACAUACGGCCAAGGCCACAAGGAUCCUCUCCAGUUUAUGAGUAUUCCAUAGAAGAAGAAUAUUUUAACAAAAAGCUACAAGAAGAUACAGAGAACGAAAAAUAUUCUACAGACAAACAAAAAAUGAGUCAUUCACAGGAGUCUAUGGAGGUGACCCUGAAAACAGAAGUGGAAUCUGGUGCUAGCGGUUUUAGUGUGACUGGUGGAGGAAAUGAAGGAAUAUUUGUAAAACAGGUGCUCAAGGGAUCCCCUGCUUCGAAAAUAUUCAGUUUGAGAGAAGGUGAUCAGCUAUUAAGUGCCACAAUAUUUUUUGAUAAUAUCAAAUAUGAAGAUGCACUCAAGAUUCUACAAUAUUCCGAGCCAUACAAAGUACAAUUCAGUCUCAAAAGAAAACUUGCUGGGAAAGAAGAGCUAGAAAAAAUACAUUCUACAGCACAACACAAGAAGGAAAAAAUAAGUCAGGAAAAAGAGCUUACUGAAAAAAUUCCUGGAACAACACUGGAAAUUUCAGAAAAGAUUAUUUCAGAAGAAGACAAGGAAAAGGAAAUUGUAAAACAAAGGGUGGGAAGAACAAAACGACCCAGAAAAGAGAGAUUGUCAUGGCCCAAAUUCCAGUCAAUGAAAAAUAAAAAGAUUUUGGGGCACAGAAGAUCUCAUAGUACAUCAGAUGCACAUGAGCAUGCUAUACAAGAUAUUUCCCCAACAAGCACUGACACUGAGUCACAGUUACAAGAAGAAGAAUUCUGUGCUAAAGAGAAAAAAGGAAGCCAAAAGAAACUGAAGUUCCCUAAUAUUGGAUUCAAAAUGCAUAGAACAAAAGCAGAAACAGAAGAGAAGCAGAGAUUAGAAAUAAAAACCCUGACACCAACAAAAAAGGAUAAAAUACGAAAAGAAGAUAUCAGCAUGGAAACUCCAGAAAUACUAACUGUACAAUAUAGCACAUCUUCUGCAUAUGAAACAAAAGCAGGUGACAUACAAGACAAUGUCAAAAAAGACUUAAAAGAUAUGGAAAAUGGUUUACCAAUUUAUACAAAGAAGUACCCUGAAGUUGAAAUUAACAUUAAAAAACAAAAAAAACAGUUAGCAAUAUCUAAACCUACUACUACAACAUCACAAAUACCACCAAUAACAACACAAAUAUCAAAACCUACUUCAGAAAUACAAACACCUGGUUUCAAAGACACACAAAGCAAACAAAUACCACAAGCUCUACCAAGGACCAGAAAAAAGAAACAAAAAAGUUCAUCAGAACAAAAACCCACAAAAGUUUCUCUGCAACAUCCUGGAGAAGAGAUAACAAAUAAAGAAAUGAGGGAUCACCUAGAACACACUUCGGUUCAAAUAAAGGGUCUAGAAAUAAAAACAACAACAAAAGAAACUGGAAAAACAAAACAAGAAAAAGAGAUAAAUGAAGAAUAUGAGCAGGAUCAGACGCAAAUAUCAGAUCUACAAGAAAACUUUGAAAUUUACACUAAAAAGGGAAAGCAGCCAGAAAGUGAAAUCACAUUACACAAAGUGGAAACUGACAUGCACAAGAAAACAGUAAAAAUAGAAGGACUUGAAAUUGAUAUGGAGGUCCCAAAAGCACCAGUUCAAAUUGAUACUGUGACAGAAAACUCAGGCUGGACAAUGCAAAUGCCAUCACUCAAAAUACCCAAACUGCCUAAAUCAGACAUUCAAGCACCAAAGGUGGACAUCUCCUUCCCAUCAGUAGACGUUUCUCUACCGAAGACCGAAGUGGAUAUUAAGGGCCCAGAAGCAACAACUAAAGUGGAAAAGAAAGAAGGUGAAAUAAAAGCCACAGAUAAAGAUGCCAAAGGAAAAGAAAGUAAGUUCAAAAUGCCAAAAUUCAGUAUGCCUUUAUUUGGCUGGUCCACCACAAAAGAGACCAAUGAUGGAGUAGCAGAUGUUGAAGAACACCUCAAAGAGCCCCAGGUAACAAUGCCGUCAGUUAGGGCAGAAGGAGAGAUAACAGUGUCAGGACCUGCAAUCCAGGCUCCAAGUGUUGAAUUGGAAAUCGGGACUUCUGCAGGAAAAGAUGGUGAGAAGGGGAAAAUUAAAAUGCCUGAUGUUAAGCUGCCGAGUGUGAAGCUUCCCAAAGUCAAGGCUCCCCAGGUACAGGUCAGUCUGCCAAAGGUGGAGGCAGAUAUUUCCCUUCCCAAAUCACAAGCCAAACUUGAAGAGGGGGGACUUGAAGUGAAAGUUCCUGACAUGGAAAGCAGUAUUGAAGUUGAGACAGGGAAAACAGAGGCAACAGGGAUGAAAAUACACAUGCCAAAAGUCAAGAUGCCUUCCAUGGGAUUUUCUAAACCAGAAAUCAAACCUCCCAAAGUAGACAUGGAUGUUACUUUACCCAAAGUCGAUGUCACACUUCCCACGAGUGAUGUCAGUCUUCAAGAAGCUGACAUGAAAGCAGACUCUGUUCCUGGAGAUGUCAAAAUCUCAGCACCUGGAGUAAAGAUUCCUAAAAUAGAAGGUUCCAUACAGCUGAAGGGUCCAGGGAUAGAAGCGAAAGAGCCACCAGUUGAAAUUGUGGUGGAGGGACCAGAGGGGAAAGCUUCCGGUUUGGAAGGGAAAAGUCAAAUGCCUAAAUUUGAAAAGCCAAAGUUUGGAGUUUCACUUCCAAAAGGCAAAGUGCCAGAAAGCGAGAUCAGCUUACCCAAAAUGGAAGCUGACAUUCCCAAGCCAAAAGUCAAAGGCCAACUAGGUGCAAUCGGCAUGGAAACCCUGACGCUAGCAGUGGAAGCUGAUGUUCCCAACAUAGAGACUGAAGCUUCUGGCUGGAAAAUACAAAUACCAUCACUCAAAAUGCCUAAAGCAGACACUCAAGCACCAAAGGUGGACAUCACCCUCCCAUCAGUAGACGUUUCACUACCAAAGACCGAGGUGGACAUUAAGGGCCCAGAAGCAACAGCUAAAGCGGUAAAGAUAGAAGGUGAAAUAAAAGCCACAGAUAAAGAUGCUAAAGCAAAAGAAAGUAAAUUCAAAAUGCCAAAAUUCAGUAUGCCUUCGUUUGGCUGGUCCACCUCAAAAGAGACCAGUGGUGGAGUAGCAGAUGUUGACGCAAGCCUCAAAGAGCACCACGUGACAAUACCGUCAGCUAGGGCCGAAGGAGAGAUAACAGUGUCAGGACCUGCAAUCCAGGCUCCAAGUGUUGAACUGGAAAUCGGGACUUCUGCAGGAAAAGAUGGUGAGAAGGGGAAAAUUAAAAUGCCUGAUGCUAAGCUGCCGAGUGUGAAGCUUUCCAAAGUCAAGGGUUCCCAGGUACAGGUCAGUCUGCCAAAGGUGGAGGCAGAUAUUACCCUUCCCAAAUCACAAGCCGAAAUUAAAGAGGGGGGAAUUGAAGUGAAAGUUCCCGACAUGGAAAGCAGUAUGGAAGUUGAGACAGGGAAAGCAGAGGCAACAGGGAUGAAAAUACACAUGCCAAAAGUCAAAAUGCCUUCGAUGGGAUUUUCUAAACCAGAAAUCAAAGCUCCCAAAGUAGACGUGGAUGUUACUUUACCCAAAGUCGAUGUCACACUUCCCACGUGUGAUGUCAGUCUUCAAGAAGCUGACCUGAAAGCAGACUCUGUUCCUAGAGAUGUCAAAAUCUCAGCACCUGGAGUAAAGAUUCCUAAAAUGGAAGGUUCAAUAAAUCUGAAGGGUGCAGGGAUAGAAGCGAAAGAGCCAUCAGUUGAAAUUGCGGUGGAGGGACCAGAGGGGAAAGCUGCCGGUUUGGAAGGGAAAAUUCAAAUGCCUAAAUUUGAAAAGCCAAAGUUUGGAGUUUCACUUCCAAAAGGCAAAGUGCCAGAAGGCGAGAUCAGCUUACCCAAAAUGGAAGCUGACAUUCCCAAGCCAAAAGUCAAAGGCCAAGUGGGUUCAAUCGGCGUGGAAACCCCGACGCUAGCAGUGGAAGCUGAUGUUCCCGACGUAGAGACUGAAGCUUCCGGCUGGAAAAUACAAAUGCCAUCACUCAAAAUGCCCAAAAUGCCUAAAGCAGACAUUCAAGCACCAAAGGUGGACAUCACCCUCCCAUCAGUAGACGUUUCUCUACCAAAGGCCGAGGUGGACAUUAAGGGCCCAGAAGCAACAGCUAAAGCAGUAAAGAUAGAAGGUGAAAUAAAAGCCACAGAUAAAGAUGCUAAAGCAAAAGAAAGUAAAUUCAAAAUGCCAAAAUUCAGUAUGCCUUCAUUUGGCUGGUCCACCUCAAAAGAGACCACUGGUGGAGUAGCAGAUGUUGAAGCAAGCCUCAAAGAGCACCCGGUGGCAAUCCCGUCAGCUAGGGCAGAAGGAGAGAUAACAGUGUCAGGACCUGCAAUCCAGGCUCCAAGUGUUGAACUGGAAAUCGGGACUUCUGCAGGAAAAGAUGGUGAGAAGGGGAAAAUUAAAAUGCCUGAUGUUAAGCUGCCGAGUAUUAAACUUCCCAAAGUUAAGGCUCCCCAAGUACAGGUCAGUCUGCCAAAGGUGGAGGCAGAUAUUUCCCUUCCCAAAUCACAAGCCGAAAUUAAAGAGGGGGGAUUUGAAGUGAAAGUUCCCGACAUGGAAAGCAGUAUUGAAGUUGAGACGGGGAAAGCAGAGGCAACAGGGAUGAAAAUACACAUGCCAAAAGUCAAGAUGCCUUCUAUAGGAUUUUCUAAACCAAAAACUAAAGCUCCCAAAGUAGACGUGGAUGUUGCUUUACCCAAAGUCGAUGUCACACUUCCCACGUGUGAUGUCAGUCUUCAGGAAGCUGACCUCAAGGCAGCCUCUGUUCCCGGAGAUGUCAAAAUCUCAGCACCUGGAGUCAAGAUUCCCAAAAUAGAAGGUUCCAUUCAGUUGAAGGGUCCAGGGAUAGAAGCGAAAGAGCCAUCAGUUGAAAUUACGGUGGAGGGACCAGAGGGGAAAGCUGCCGGUUUGGAAGGGAAAAUUCAAAUGCCUAAAUUUGAAAAGCCAAAGUUUGGAGUUUCACUUCCAAAAGGCAAAGUGCCAGAAGGCGAGAUCAGCUUACCCAAAAUGGAAGCUGACAUUCCCAAGCCAAAAGUCAAAGGCCAAGUGGGUGCAAUCGGCAUGGAAACCCCGACGCUAGCAAUGGAAGCUGAUGUUCCUGACGUAGAGACUGAAGCUUCCGGCUGGAAAAUACAAAUGCCAUCACUCAGAAUGCCCAAA